AUGACAGCCAAAGGGCGUGGAUAUUUUGCGGGGAGGGUCGGAUUCGAGUAUAAGGCUGCUUUUCUGUCAGCAACUUGUCACUGCCGCGGAAUCCAGCAACAUUGUCUUGAUGAACUGCCCCAUGGUAGGAGUGGACUUGAGAUGCUUUUGACUGAGAAUCCUAAGCCUUAUGAUAUUGAAGUUUGCCUUGCAGUGGAUAUAAUAUUCAGUUCGGCUUGUUUGUAG